AUGGAAGAGGGAAAUCACUCGGUGGUGACUGAGUUCAUUCUCUCAGGACUGACAGAUCGUCCGGAGCUGCAGCUUCCCCUGUUUUGGGUGUUCCUCCUGAUUUAUGUUAUCACAAUGGUGGGGAAUGGGGGGAUGAUCUUGUUAAUUACAAUUGACCCCCGACUCCACACCCCCAUGUACUUUUUCCUUAGUAAUUUGUCUUUCUGUGAUCUCUGCUAUUCCACAAUAAUUUCUCCUAAAAUGUUGCAGAAUUUCUUAGCGGAGAGGAAAAGCAUCUCUUACAAUGCCUGUGCUGUGCAAAUGUAUUUCUUCAUCGUUUUUGCAGAUCUUGAAUGUCUCUUGCUGGCUGUGAUGGCGUAUGACCGUUACGUGGCCAUCUGUAACCCACUGCUCUAUACCGUCACCAUGUCCAGACAGCGUUGUAACCAGCUGGUAGCUGGGAUGUAUCUUGUGGUAUUGGUGGAAUCAAUAAUACACACAAUUCUGACAUUGCGGCUGUCAUUCUGCCGCUCCAAUAUCAUUAAUAAUUUUUUCUGUGAUGCUCCCUCACUGUUGAUGCUCUCCUGCUCUGACACACGCAUCAAUGACAUUAUGCUCUUUUUCUUCACAUGCCUCAUUACUCUGAAUAGUGCUGUGGCCAUUCUCCUCUCCUAUGUCUAUAUCUUCUCCACCAUCCUGCGGAUCCGCUCUGCAGAGGGCCGGCACAAAGCUUUCUCCACCUGCGCUUUCCACUUGACUGUGGUGGUCAUAUUAUAUGGCACCCUCUUUUUCAUCUAUUUCCGACCCACCUCCAGCUAUUCUAUGGACUCCGACAAAGUGGCCUCAGUGUUCUACACGCUGGUGAUCCCCAUGUUGAACCCCCUCAUCUACAGCCUGAGGAACAGGGAGGUGAAGGACGCCUUGCACAAAGCCAUGAAUAAACUCCUAAGAAAGUCUUGA